AUGGCCCGUCCCAGAAGAUCAGCAGCACCGGCUGAGCCGGCUGAGCCAGUAUCUCCAAGGAGACCAAGAAGAACAGCAUCUGCUUUGGCUGAAACCAGCUUAGCAGAGGAAGAUUUUGUUGGUGAAGAAUCUGGUGACGAUGAGUACAAUGAAGAAGAAGAUGAAGAUGAAGAAGAAGGCACUGGGGCUGUUGAAGGUGAUGACGACGACGAAGAGGCCGAUGAAACCAACCUUGACGAUACGACUAAUGGAGCAGAAGAGAAAGAGGGUGACGAAGAAGAGCUCAAAUUGGAUAACGACAAUGUGGACGAUGAUCCUGAUGAAGAAGAACCCGAAGAACCGGUCGUUCCUGUGCGCCGUGGCCGUGGCCGUCCACCAGGAAGCAAGAACAAGACCACACUUGCACGUGAAAGGAUGGGUCUGAUUCCAGUGCAGCCUGUUAGGCGUCGUGGUCCCCCAAAACGUCGUAGAGAUGAUGACGAAGAGGGGGGAACUAGAGGUCGCAAGAAGCGUGGAAAGCCAUCGCAUUUGCGCAAGGGCCAGUUGCUCGACGAUGACGGAAAGCCAAUGGUGGUUGAAGACGACGAGAUCAUCACCCCAGACGAUCCAAAGGGAGAAGAGAAGGUGGACAAGCAAGGAGCCCUCCUUGGUGGCAGACAAUACAAAAUUCGUACCUUCACAUGUAUGAACCGCAAGGAUAAACUUUUCAUGUUGUCUACGGAGCCGGCCAGAUGCAUGGGAUUCAGAGACUCAUAUCUGUUGUUCCAGAAGCACAAGAGACUGCUAAAAAUCAUAAUUGAUGAUGCUGAGAAGAUGGACCUCAUCGAAAGAGAGAUAUUGCCACAUUCCUACAAGGGUAGAACCAUCGGCCUGGUGUCUGCGCGCUCUGUGUUCAAGGAGUUUGGAGCCAGAAUAGUCAUCAAUGGUAAGAAGGUGACGGACGAUUACUACGAGGAAAAAGCACGGGCCGAGGGCGCGAUUGAAGGUGAGCUGGCCGACCCAGUGGAGGAUCCUUCGAAGAGACAGAUGAUUGGUGGUGUUCCAGGUGAUAAGAGGUACUUCACAAAUAUUGUUCCAGACCAAUCAUGGAUGUUUGAACACGCUUCGGCAGCCAGGCAGUUUGACUCAAUGCUUUUGUAUGACAGGAAUCUGCUUUUUGUUCCAAAGGGCGUGAGGAAUGCCUACACUGGUGUGAACUUCCUUCCUGCGUCGACGCAGCCUGCGAGGGUUGUGAUCAAGAAGGUUGUUGAUGAGAAAGAGACCGAAGAUCAGAAGAGAAAGCUAACAAUUGAGACCGUGAUAACCCAGUCGAAUAGUAUCAUCACCACAGGCUUGAAGGAUGUACCACUGGAAGUGUUUGAAGACUGUGUCUCUCCCGAAGUGAAGGCUGCCAUUCUGAAGCAGCAGGAGCUUGAGAGGUCGAGAUUUUAG